AGCACUAGCUACCUGCACGUCAGCAUUCGCUCACGCACGCGCAGUAUGUGCACUUCCUAUUGUCACUAUUUGUAGUAUUUGUGCGUAUCCAUGUCGCUUGAAAUUAUUGUAUUGUUUGCCUCUGCUCACACCUCGUUACUUCAUGCUUACUUUCCUUUUCUCCGCCGUUUUUUGCGCCUCAUACCUGUCUCCAAUCAUCAGUCAUGUUAAAGGCAGAGAUUUUACUGAGCAGGAAAUGUCCCAUUACAGGGACAGAAUAAAGUCCAUGUUUUACCAUGCAUACAACAGCUAUUUGGAAAAUGCAUAUCCCUAUGAUGAGUUGAGGCCACUGACAUGUGAUGGGCAGGACACAUGGGGCAGUUUCUCCCUCACACUCAUUGAUGCUCUGGACACACUGCUGAUAUUGGGAAACCACACAGAGUUCCAGCGCGUGGCCACACUGCUCCAGGACACGGUCGAUUUCGACACUGAUGUAAAUGCGUCUGUGUUUGAGACGAAUAUACGAGUGGUCGGUGGGCUCCUCUCGGCUCAUCUGCUCUCCAAGCGUGCCGGGAUGGAGGUGGAGGAGGGCUGGCCCUGCUCCGGACCCCUCCUGCGCAUGGCAGAGGAUGCUGCCCGCAAACUGCUGCCUGCUUUCCAGACCCCCACAGGGAUGCCAUAUGGCACGGUGAACCUGCUGAGGGGGGUGAACCCCACCGAGACCCCGGUCACCUGCACUGCUGGAGUGGGCACCUUCAUCCUGGAGUUCUCCACCCUCAGCCGACUGACUGGAGACCCUGUGUUUGAGAACGUGGCUCGCAAAGCUCUCAGGGCCUUAUGGAGAACACGCUCAGAUAUCGGCCUGGUGGGCAACCAUAUAGAUGUCAUAACCUCUAAGUGGGUGGCUCAGGACGCAGGGAUCGGGGCGGGAGUGGACUCAUACUUCGAGUAUCUGGUAAAGGGGGCCAUCAUGCUGCAAGAUGAGGAGCUGCUGGCAAUGUUUCAUGAAUUUGAUAAGUCCAUAAAGAACUACACUAAGUUUGAUGAUUGGUAUCUGUGGGUGCAGAUGCAUAAGGGAACAGUAUCAAUGCCUGUGUUUCAGUCGCUGGAGGCGUUCUGGCCUGGACUGCAGAGUUUGAUAGGUGAUAUUUCCAGUGCCACAAAGACCUUUCAUAACUACUACAGUGUGUGGCGUCAGUUUGGAGGACUCCCGGAGUUCUACAGCAUUCCUCAAGGUUACACAGUGGACAAACGAGAGGGAUACCCUCUGCGCCCAGAGUUGAUCGAGAGCGCCAUGUAUCUGUAUAAAGCUACCGGUGACCCUACAUUCAUGCAGCUUGGCCGGGAUGCAAUCGAGUCGAUUGACAAAAUCAGCCGGGUGAACUGUGGCUUUGCCACUGUGAAAGAUGUAAGGGACCACAAGUUGGACAACCGCAUGGAGUCCUUCUUCUUGGCCGAGACCAUUAAAUACCUCUACCUCCUCUUCGAUCCUGAAAACUUCCUUCAUAACACGGGCACGGAGUUUGAGCUGGGCGGCCUGCAGGGCGACUGCAUACUCAGCGCGGGCGGCUACGUGUUUAACACAGAGGCUCAUCCGCUCGACCCCGCCGCGCUCCACUGCUGCAGCCGAUACCAGGACGAGCGCAGGGAACUACAGGACAUACUCAUCAGCCUCUCAGAACCACUCAGGCCUGCAAAGGACCAAUCAGAGGAGAUGCCCGGCGCCGGCGGCUCACAAGAGAGCAUUGCACUGAAGCCGGGAGAGCGGAGGAAAGCUCGGGUGCUCUCCUGUCCCACACAGCCCUUCAGUGCCAAACUGGCUGUCAUGGGUCAAGUCUUCUCUGACAACUCUUGAACAGACUUUCUCACUGUCAACAGUGUGUGAAGAUGUAGAUUAUGUUUGUAAUUUAACUUUGGAGAGAUUAAAUGUUUUCUAAAUAUGUGUGGAUUUUUUUUCCACUCUUUUUAUUAAAAAAGUUUUAGAUGACAAAAGUGUUGGCGGUCAGUACGAUCAUUUUAUCAAAGCAUUUUCAUUAGGGAUUCAGGAUUUUUCCAUCCCGGUACUCCUCAAAAAAAUCUAUUUAAAUGAGGUAAGUGUUUUACAAACACUGCACAUAUCCCCUCAUUCAUUCGGUCAAACAAUGUAGGGAAUAAAGAAUAAAAAUGAUCCGCUUAAUAGGCCACACAAGACCAAACAGCGCUGCUUAACUGAGAUUUUAAUACUAAUUCUACUGUGUCAUGCUAAUCAGUCUGGCAUUAAGUCUAAAAAGCGUAUUUUCUCUUCACGUGAGAAAGCAAAUGAGAGCCAGAGAGCAAAAGUUUGUAUGAACGUGCCCUCAAACUCUUGCCCAUUUUGUAUGCCAGCAUAAAGUGAGAAUGGCACGACUGUAGCGCCGGACAAAGCCUCUAUUCUUUGGGGCUGGGAUUAGCUGAUUUAACUUCCUUUGAGGCAAAUAAACGAAUUGACAUGGGUUAUUAGCAAUUUCACAGUACACAUGAUCUUAGCAGCUCUAAUGUCUCAGGUAUUUCCAGAUGAUUAUGGUUAUGAGUUAUUCAAUAGCAUGUUCUGCUGUUGUGACUCCUUGAUUGGUGUUACAGGUCAAAUGAAGCAGCUUUGUGUGGCUCGAAGUCUCUCCUGCUCCAAGGCUGUAUUUAUUUAAUCAUAAAUAUUGUGAAAUAUUUGUGCAAUUUAAAAUAACUGUUUUCUAUUUGUAUAAUUUGUAAAAUGUAAUUAAUUCUUGUGAUGCAAAUCUGAAUUUUCAGCAUCGUUACUCCAGGCUUCAGUGUCACAUGACCCUUCAGAAAACGCUGCUCAAGAAACAUUUAUUAACAUUG